GAGGUGGACCCUCAGUGCCGCGAAGCGGCUGCUUGGGCCCUGGGCUCUUUGGGCCGGGAAGGACAGGAGGCCGCUGCAGCUUUGCUCUACCACGAAGAUCUCGAUGUGCGUGGCCUUGCCUGCCUGGCCCUGGAAGCUGCCAAAGAGGCGGAGGCGGAAAAGGCGGCGGAGAUGCUCAUAAGCUGGCUCCAGGAAGCGGGUGCAACGGAGGUGUCCUUGCGGGUGAGAGCUGUGCAGGCACUGGGCAAGCUUCGGGUUGCCAAGUCACGUCGACUUCUGGCAGCAACUGCGGCCGAUGCUGAUCCGAGUCUUCGGGAGGCGUCGGUAUUGGCUCUCGGCAGACUUGGCCUGCAGAGGGACAGCGACAGCGACUGCGACUUUCUGCUGGUGGCAGCGCUGGAUGACGCAGAAGCAUCUGUCCGAGAGGCAGCCGCCUGUGCUUUAGCCAUGAGAGCGAAAAGCACCGCAACUGCCUGA